AGAAGCCACCACAUUUGAAAGUUGAAACUUGAAACUCGUUCUCUCUCUCUCAUCUCCCCUUUCGUUCUCUCCCUCCCUCUCUCUGAAGCUUAUUAUUGACGAGUUGGGGAGGGCGAGGGGGGAGACGCGAGGAAAGACAGGGUGGUGGUGGCGGGGGAAGGAGAAGUAAGCCGUUCCUUGCUUCCCUUCCUCGCCUCCGUCUUAUUGCUUCUCCUUGAUUCCUCUCCUACCCUUCACCCGUAGCCCUUCGACCCCUGCCAUACGUCUGUCUCACAGAAGAGGAAAAAGCAAGGCGAGAAAGGUUAAGCGGCAAAAAAGGAUGAGCGGGCAGGCGGCAGGCCCCGCGCCACCAUUGGCAUCAAGGCGGCAUCACUCCUUGAACGCGAAGCGUGCCCCCUCCGUCGUCAAGAAGGCCGUCCCUACAGAGAAUGGGACCAACGGGACCAAGCCCACCUCCCCUCCUCACCAACUCUCCUCUCUUGGUGGGGAAAGGACUGUCAAGAAGUUGAGAUUGUCGAAAGCUUUGACGAUUCCCGAGGGGACGACGGUUUCCGACGCUUGUCGCCGGAUGGCAACUCGCCGCGUUGAUGCUGUUUUGCUUACCGACUCCAAUGCUCUGCUUUCUGGAAUCGUUACAGACAAGGACAUCGCCACUCGUGUCAUAGCUGAGGGACUGAGGCCCGAGCAAACAAUAGUGUCAAAAAUCAUGACAAGGAAUCCGGUGUUUGUCAAUGCGGACUCGUUGGCUAUUGAGGCUUUGCAGAAGAUGGUUCAAGGAAAAUUUAGACACCUCCCUGUUGUAGAAAAUGGUGAAGUUAUUGCUUUAUUGGAUAUCACAAAGUGUCUAUACGAUGCUAUUUCCAAAAUGGAAAGGGCUGCUGAGAAAGGAAGUGCCAUUGCUGCUGCUGUUGAGGGGGUCGAGCGCCAAUGGGGACGCGAUUUUUCUGGUCCAUAUGCUUUCAUCGAAACACUGCGAGAGAGGAUGUUUAAGCCUUCAUUAUCAACAAUCGUCACAGAUAAUACAAGGGUUGCAACUGUGUUGCCUUCAGAUCCUGUCUAUGUUGCCACAAAAAGAAUGCGAGAAUUUCGCGUCAACUCUGUGAUUAUUGUCAAUGGGAACAAACCUCAGGGGAUUCUUACUUCAAAGGAUGUGCUUAUGCGAGUUGUGGCUCAAAAUCUAUCUCCUGAACUAACCCUUGUAGAAAAGGUGAUGACACACAAUCCUGAGUGUGCAACGCUGCAAACAACAAUACUUGAUGCAUUGCAUAUCAUGCAUGAUGGGAAAUUCUUGCACUUACCUGUUGUUGACAAAGAUGGAUGCCCCGUCGCUUGUGUGGAUGUCCUACAGAUAACACAUGCUGCAAUUUCAAUGGUUGAAGGAAGUGCUGGGGCUGUCAAUGAUGUGGCAAAUACAAUGAUGCAGAAAUUCUGGGAUUCAGCUCUCGCACUUGAGCCACCAGAAGAUGAAUUUGAAACACAAAGUGACGUUUCUGGUUUCAUGGCAUCAGAUGGUGCUGAAACCUCGAGGUCCACAUAUCCAUCCCUUGGACUUGGAAACAACUUUACCUUUAAGUUUGAAGACCGGAAUGGCCAUGUACAUCGUUUCAAUUGUGGAUCUGAGAGUCUAGGUGAGCUUGUUUCGGCCGUCAUGCAGAGGAUAGGUUGUGAUGUUGAUCAAUCACAUAGGCCCCAGCUUUUGUAUGAAGAUGAUGAGGGUGAUCGGGUUCUUCUUACCAAUGAUAGUGAUCUUGCUGGUGCUAUCAGCCAUGCCAGGUUAGCUGGAUUGAAGGUUCUGAGACUGCGACUGGAAUACCCAUCCCUGCCGGAGCUUCCAAUGUCGGGGCAUCCAUCAGACUUGGGCACCCACCAAAGAGGUCAACGUGCAUAUCUUCUGUCUGGUGUUAUUGUUGGGGCAGCCGUAGUAACCGGGAUUGGUUUGAUGGUCUACUUGAGGAGAUCUAACUCAUGAAAACCAAGCGUCGUCCACCCAAUCAAGCAUCAGUUGUAUUUUCUGGUACUUCAACGCAGGGCUACUCGACAGAUUUAUUCUGUUUAGCUGAUGAUCAUGCGCUAUGCUGGGGCGCCGUGGUGGGAGUUACAGAUCACCUCAAGCUGGGACACCAAUGUUCACAAAGACCGCAUAAUAGUAGCUAUUUAUAGGCACUUAGAGUGCCACUGUGUGAUUUACUUUCAUGUAUCAGAGGCUUUAUCAGGCCAACUAUACAAGUGCAAACCAAAAGCUUUUGUGUUGCACUGAUAUAUUUGUGCAGGUGAAAAGUAAUUAUGUGGUUUCAGUGCAACUGGUCCUCUUAAAUUAGGCGUGUUCCACUCAAAUUUUGUAUUUGGUUUCUGGUUAAACAUGAAAGAAGAAAAUAUAUUAACUUGUCAGAUAA